AUGACCAAUGAGGGCACGAGAUGGAAGGCUGACAGGCAGCUCUCACUAUGUGAAGCCACUGUUGGAACGCGCAGCAGUCCUCUUUCCUAUUGGCUGUCCGCAGCGUCGCUCAGAGGAAUGACGAUUUUGCUGCUAUAACCAGCUGAUACGGAGACUAUGAACACGGAGCCUCUGAGGAACUGUUGACGGUACAUGGAUACCCUGUCAUCGGCGAUAUGGCUGCAGAUUUGUUCUCGUACCCAUCCGGAGAUUGAGUGAGUAGGAUAUUUGAUCGUGUCACGACGCACAGGCCCGGGCUUUUUCACCCCCCUCACCCCCUGUCGCUCCACAUGAUGUUUCUUCGUCUUCCCACAUCAUCAUCUCCAUGGGCAUGAUGCUGUGUGCUCCACAGAUUGAGCUUUCUCACAUCAAAUCUGCAGGUACGACCGUGUGGAGGUUUGGAUAUAAAUGCGAGAAGGACAACAAGGAAUAAAGGGAGACAACUGAAACGACUUGAAUCAGAUCCAUAAAUAAAAGAACCCUGACAUUCAAAAGCCAGAUAUAGACUGAGGAAGAGAGCCAUAGAAUAAUUUGUGAAGAUGGGGUGUGGUCAGACGUCGUUUCUCAUGGACUCUACAGUUCACCCCUUCAGCCGCCGGUCAAAGCAGGAUUCUCCGCGCUAAAACCCAGAGCAGCUUAUUUCACCUGCUAGAGGAGCCCCCACCCUCGGUGAUGUGAUGAAUAAGUUUGAAGUCCUUGGCAUUGUGGGAGAAGGAGCAUAUGGAGUGGUGCUCAAGUGCAGGCAUAAGGAAACCAAUGAGCUGGUGGCCAUUAAGAAAUUCAAAGACAGCGAAGAAAAUGAGGAGGUCAAGGAGACGACGCUUCGGGAGCUGAAGAUGCUCCGCACCCUGAAGCAGGACAACAUCGUGGAGCUGAAGGAGGCUUUUCGCAGGAGGGGGAAACUCUACCUGGUCUUUGAAUAUGUGGAGAGGAACAUGCUGGAGCUUUUAGAGGAGCUGCCCAACGGUGCACCGCCUGAUAAAGUCCGCAGCUACAUCUACCAGCUCAUCAAAGCCAUCAACUGGUGUCACACCAAUGAUAUAGUCCACAGAGAUAUCAAGCCGGAGAACCUCCUCAUUAGCUCCGAGGAUGUUCUCAAACUCUGUGACUUUGGUUUCGCUCGUAACCUGUCUGAAGGAACAGAUGCCAAUUACACUGAGUAUGUGGCUACAAGGUGGUACCGCUCUCCUGAGCUGCUGCUUGGGGCUCCCUAUGGGAAGGCGGUGGACAUGUGGUCGGUGGGGUGUAUCCUCGGGGAGCUGAGUGACGGACAGCCUCUGUUUCCAGGGGAAAGUGAGAUGGAUCAGCUCUUCACCAUUCAGAAGGUUUUGGGGUCGCUUCCUGCAGAGCAGAUGAAACUCUUCUACAACAACCCUCGCUUUCAUGGAAUCAGAUUUCCCUCAGUUACUCAUCCUCAGACUUUGGAAAGAAGGUACCAAGGCAUCUUGAGUGGUUUGAUGUUGGAUCUGAUGAAGAGCCUGUUGCUGUUGAAUCCUACUGAGCGUUUCCUGACGGAGCAGAGUCUGAACCAUCCAGCCUUCCAGCCUCUGAGGCAGGCGGAGAGAGAGAGGCCUCCUCCUGCCUCGCCCAACCCACCGCGCUCCUCCAAGAGGAAAACACACCAUCACGGAGAGAACACAGUUCCCACAAGGAGUCACACUAAGAGCACGAGCCGUCGCUCCAACGCUAAAGAAUGUUCCAGCCUCCCUCGCCAUGGGGACCUCCAUCACCUCGGCAACAAGAGUUUCCUCAACGGGAACAAACCUGCCCCGUCCAGUUUGAGCCCAACGCUGCACCCCAAGGCCCAGUACAUGUCCCAGACCCUCAAUCGCUCUGCCUCCUCCAACAAAGACCUGGCUAACAACAACCUGCCCCCGCUGCUCAGUCCCAAAGAAGCCAAAGGCAAGACUGAGUUUGAUUUCAAUUUGGGACCCUCCACAAAGCUGCUUGACCACGGGGCCAAGUAUGGCCACAGCAAACCCAGCUCCUCUCGCUCUCAGCAGCAGCAGCAGCAGCAGCAGCAGCAGCAGCAGCAGCAGGUCGGUCGCCAUACCUUCCUGGAAGGGAAGAACAACACACUGCAGUCUGGAUCAGAGAAGCAACAUGGCCGACAUGCCGCCCACAGCAUGGCAGAAUCCUCCCACGGCUCCAUGUCCUCCUCUUCGAAGAGUUCAGCAUCCUAUCUCAGCCUGUCCAAGAGCCACAGCGCACUGAGUGAUGCCAAAUCUGUCGGGAACCUCAGCGACGGGCGACUCCACCCAGAUGACCCAAACUCCAACACAACAGCAGGGGUAGGACCUGGGGCCCGCUUCUUCCCCGCCAGCUGUUUAGACCUCAACGCCCCUCCAGGUCCCCAGGCCCCCCCCGGCAGCCCCUCUGCUCGGCACAGUGAUCGGUCUGGGCACAGCCCCGCCUCUCGUAGCAGCGGCAACGUCCGCAUGGAGAGCAGCACACUGGACUCCUCAUCCAGACACAAAUCCAGACAUAAACCUUUAGCACCAGAGGAGGCCGGUGCUCCGGAGCUCUUGGACCCCGGAGGAGCAGGGAUGCCCUCCACUCACACCCUGCCUUCCCCACACGAGUCCUAUCACUACGGCCUGGGCUACACCUCGCCCUUCUCCUCCCAGCAGCGGCCUCAGCGCCACUCCAUGUACGUGAGGAGGGAGCGCCACCGACCACACCCUAUGGAGGGGGGGUUGGCGGUCUUGCCUACACCCGGGCAGGCGAUACCAACACGUGCCAGCAGCCUGCAGCUCCUCUCCCCCCAGCUGCAGCACCGCACCACCCUCACCGGACACUCAGUGAGCUCCUCCAGAGAGGACUGCACCGAGGACUUGACCAGGAGUGAGCAGUCACCUAAAGACAUGAGCCACCCUUGUGCCCCCAUCAAAGACUCUACGAGGGACAACACUGCUGCUUAUCAUACACAGCGCUCUAAAAACGAGGUCGGCAUGUAUCACGACCCUCAUGUUGAGGAUGUGGGAUCCUCCAAGGAGAACCGGAUGAUCUUCACUGAGUCCAUGCCUCGGAGAGUAGGCAGCUUCUACCGAGUCCCCUCCCCGAGACCAGACAACUCCUCCUCUUUCCACGACGCUCUCGGUCAGGGUCGAGGGCCGGUUGUUUCCAAUUUGCCCGGAGACCCUGUCGUCAUGGUCAACCACUCCAAACGCCAGACGGCUUUUGACUGGACCGCAGCAGAAGCAAUGGUCAUGAAUCCUCCAGAGCCCGCCAAAGAGAAGGAGAAACAAGGCUUCUUCAGAGCCAUGAAGAAGAAAAAGAAGAAGACUCAAAUAACGGACACGGAGGACGGGAGGAACCCCAGCAUCAAGAAAAGCCUUUUCCCCCUCUUUAGCUCUAAGAAUAGCUUAAAGCACAACUCAGCUGUCAAAGUCCUCCCUGUAGUGGCCUCGCCCAUGGUACAGCACCAGCCUACCGUGCCCUACCCUGCCUCACCAGUUCCUGGAAACGGACAAGAACACCUGUCGCUGCAGAGGACCUCCAAAUCCUCCUCUCACCACGGCAGCCGACGGAAAAACCGCGAGAGAUCCCGAGACAGAGACCGGGAGCAGGAACAGAGCCGGGACAGGGACAGAGAGAGAGAGAGAGAACGGGAGAGAGAACGAGAGAGAGAAAGGGAGAGAGAGAGGGAAAGAGGGAGGGAGCGAGAGAGAGUUAAUGACUGGCAAACAGACAAACCAGUGGACUCACACUCUCAGAGUCAACCACUCAAGUCCCUCCGCAGGCUCCUUCACCUCUCCCCUUCCUCCUCAAAUCAAGGACAGCCUCCUCCUCCUCCUCCUCCAGACCUGCGCUUCCAAGCCCCCCCCCCCAACCCCCCUCAGCCCUCCUCCAAGGCGGGUUACCCUGAGGGCCGAGGGCACGCCGAGAGCAGGGGGCACCCCGGGGUGAGCAGCUCUGCCCAGCCUAAGAGCCGCAAGCCCAGCUACCCCCUCCCCGGACAGAUCGAGUCCAGCUGGCACGUGUCUGCUCUGCAGAGGGCGGAGGGCGCUCAGUUCACCCCCGAACAACUGGGAAUCAAACCGGGGCAGAACGGACCCACCUUUACCCGAGCGUCCCGUGUCAGGAUGCCAAACCUCAAUGACCUGAAGGAGACCGCGCUGUAAACCCCCCGCCCACAAAACUACACCACCUCCUAAACGUCUCCACCCUGGAAGCAUCUGCCAGAUGCAGACAUCAUGGUACCGUAGUACAAGUUUACAUGAAAGCCUAUUUCAUUGGAUCUAGUCUUCAUUCAGAAACAUAGUCAUCUGUUUUCUGGAAAAUACAACGACCAGACACUGAAACACGAACACCAGUAACACUGUCGUUUAGGGAAGCAAAGAGAGGACAUGGCCCACUCUGUCUGGGGAUGCCAGUACUGUAUCGCUGUGUGUGACUGUGUGUGUAACAAAGAGAGGACAGAUGAUCUUUAGUGGCCUCUUUGCUGCCAUCUUCUGCUCACAGGACUCUACAGCAAAGCGACUUCUGUCAGGCCGGUGGCCAAGACACUCAAAUGUUUUCAAGCUCUGUUAUUUGAUAAGAACAAAAAAAAAGUUUAUAUCAACAUUAUUUAUUAAAUAUGUAUUUGUUUUAAAUUCAAGGAUAUAAGCUAUAAAUGACACAGUAUGUAGGUUAUAUGGGAAUAUUAUAAGGUAAUAUAGAAUUAAAUGUGUAAUUGCAAGAGCUUUAGUUUCAACACAAAGAAAAGCAUAGAUAUGUAUGUGUUAAUAAUACAAUAUGUCAAAAAUUAUAUUUAAUAAUGGUGAAUGUCCUUUUUUGUUCAAUUUGAUAGGUUAUUUACCGAUUUUCACGCUUUAUCAUCUUAUUUUUACCAGUUUUUCUAUUUGUUUCAUCCACAUGUAUAGAAAUAUUGAUGAAUAUUGUUGCCCAAAGUAAAAAAAUAUAUAUUUCACUUCACAUCUAGACUAAUUCUGCGCUUCACCAUCAUGACUUACAGUACGUUUUGGAGUUUUGUGACAAGUUGGGCUAUUUGUCAACAGGGUUAGGUAGCAGAACAUCAAGAGUGAGACUGUUAGGCUCUGUGCUUUACAUAAGAAAAUGUCUGAUCAUGAUAUGUCCCAUUCUUGGUGUCACCAUUUUUUUAAAUGAGCCCCAUUCUCAGUUCAUUUAUCAGUGACAAGAGCUUUCCAGCGCCGUGCUGCCACCUGCUGUGCUGUUGGUUUGGUCUACAGCCCUAACAGCCAGUAAAAAAACAUCAAGACUUUGGCGGCCUUUGGUGGUGAAAAGUAAGCCUUAUGAAAUGAGGCAGGACUAACUCAAGAACAACGUGUAACUGUGCAAAAUAGGGGGAGAGCAUUCUGCAAAAGGCAUACAUCACCUACAACCUUUAAGUAAGGAAGGUUAAGUCUGCUGGUAUUUUAUAUUUCUUGUUUGUUGACAAAUCCCAUGAAAACUAAAAAAACAAUAAUAUAUUUAAUAUAUUAACAAAUCUUAAGCCGUUUUCAUAAAACUAAUAGGAAUACAUAAUUGAGCAAUUACCAUAAACAUGGGCACUGUAGUUUGAUUUGAAUCAAUCCCUCAUGCUGUCCUGCUGCUGUAUUUGCUCACCAUAGAACCAACUGUGUAUUAAUCCGCUGCUGAAAAUAGUUCCAACAAACUCACUGUUGACCUGGAUUUCUUUACAGUUUACUCAUAACCGAGCAGCCCAGCUGUUUAUGGAAAUUCUUUAGACGUUUUGGUUUUGAAGAUCUGAUGAUCAAGUCCAGAAAAAAGUUUCAACAACAUUGUGUGGAAUUACUCAUAUUAUAUUACUCGCAGCCUGUAAUGUGAACACUUUAUUUCGUAAUUAUUUUCUCACAACUUUUGAUAUUACAGAUAAUAAUAAUAAUAAUAAUAAUAAUAUAGUUACCGCAAUGAUCACUUUCCAGUGAUUUAAAAUAAGACUGUUUCAGAGUGUUAUAACCUUUGUGCAUUGUUUUGGUAUCUAAUAAGCCUUAACACGCAAACAUUUCUUACUCCAACUGGCUCCCGUAUUGUAUUUCAAUACCCACCGGUACCUGAAGUAAUAUGCCCCCAGCUGUGGGUUUAUUCUUUUCAUGGGAUUUGUCAAAAUUAACAAAGAUAUUAAAUAACACAAGACUUAUCUUUUAAUGUUUACAUUUUUCAUGUGCAUUUUAAAAGCUUGUGUUUUCAAAGUUUUUGUAAAUGCCUUUUGUAAAUCUGAAUUUGGUUUUGCUACUGUAUUUGCAUUACAACUUUUAUUUUUUAAUAUUGAUAGUCAUAAUCAGGGAUGAUUUUACUUAACUAGGUUAUUCAUAAAAAGCAUUUACUUGUUGUCUACUGACCUGUGGAUGAUUACAAACAAAUAAAAUAGAACAAAACACUGUUAGUGGCCUAGGAAAAAUAUACAGCAUCAUUUUCCUUCCAGUCUCAUCUCAACCCUUCGUUCCUUCUUCUUCCUCUGUGGUUUUAAAGUUUAGUGGAGAAGCUUUUAUAUCACAGGAGACAACAAAGAAGAAUGAAUGCAUUUGUGCAAAAACUCUAGACAUCUGUGGACUUUAGAGAAAAUGUUUGAGAAAUUCAUGUUUUUUGUUUCUCAUCUGUUGAGAGGAUGAAUAUAUACAAGCAAAAAAGGAAUGAACAAAUUGACUAUAUGGCAAUAACAUUCAGAAAGAGACUGAUGCAGAUUGUUCUGGCAAAGUUAAAAGGAGCCAAAUAGCACAGAAGAAUUUUCAUAAGGAAACUGUGAUGAAAGCAAGAAGAGUGUCCACAUAUAAUAUCAAGACAUCGCUCUGCAAUACAUUUUUUAUUUACAAUUUCACCUUGAACAUGACCCAGGGCUAUAACACUGCCCAGUAUUGUUUAUUAUUGAGAAUCCUGGUUGCUACUGAUUGUAAAUGACUGCUGCAGUUGGUUUGUCUCUACUAUUAAUGGGACAUUGUGAUGACAAAGCUUGCCUUGCCAGUGACCCGAAGCCUUAUAUUAGCUUUCUGACUCAACACUUCAGAUGGAAACGAAGACAUGAACCCCAUGCAAGCCACAUACACUGACCACUGAGAUGAGAAGAAGACCUUUUGUUCAUGAAUAUGAAUGUGUUUCCUGAAACAUUCAUUCUUUUUUCAUUUAGCUGUUUCCCACUUCUUACAGGGUGUAAAUAGAAAUAAUAGAGAGUAUCUAUACUGACCAUUCUACUUUAAAUGAUAGGGUCUCAUAAUAAAAGCCAACUGUACAUUUUUGAA